AUGAGUGAGAGGAGGCUCGAGGACGACAUCGAGGAAAUCACAGUGAGAAUCGGGGCCCUUGAGGUUGCCAUUCGAGGAGACCUUGCGGCGUACCCGCUUCCGGAACUCAGUGAUCUAGUGCGCCAGCUCCGUGCCAGGUGUAUCGAGGAGCCGUCUUCGGCCCCGGGCAUAUCUUCUACGACGACACAAUCAGCCACGCCUUCGCCUCUCGAGCAGAAGGUGAGGCAUAUCUUCGAGGGCAGCUUGCAACCCGACCGCCCGUUACCAACCCUGCACCUGUUCUUGAGCUCCGAUGGCGACGACGAGCAAGCUCGCUUGGCACGAGCCGCCUUGGUGAAGACCCGGCCCGGAGGGUUCUUAGUGAUCCUCCCCGUGGACGAGCGCAUCACCGAGGGCUUGCUCAACAUUGUCUCCGAGGACGGCGACCCAGUGGUCUUGGACUCCGAAGCUCAAGUCGAGAUGGAGACCGUUCGUGGCCGCAGCUUGGGGACGAUGACCGUUGUGAUGGCCGAUAUUCCCUGGGAAGGGGUCGGGGCCUUCACCGCAGUUCAUCCCGCAAGGGGCGCUCUAGCUCGCGAAGUGCGAGUGCUCCCGUUCAACGUCGGUUCUACUUCCGGGAGGCCUCGCACUACCAGUGCUUUGUCCGCCGCGGCGAUUUGGAUUCGGAAUGUCAUGGACGCCGAGACCGCUGCCGAGUACCUGACCGCCGAGGAGUUUGCCGGAGAAGAGGCCGUCGCCGACGAGGAGGCGCCCGAGCUGGAACCCGCCCAGGCAAGCGUGACAGAGCUGCUAACUCGGCUGCAGCAGUUGGAGUCAAGAGUGGGAGCGGGCGUCGCGCCUACUCCUGCCCCGGGUUUGGGGGGUCCCAGUUUACUACGCGCUCCUCCUGCCGGGGGGUUGGAUGCCGACGGGCUUGCUCGACUUCGUUCCUUGGCGGGCCCUGCGCCCAAGCGUGUUCCAAAGGCAGCCGCUGCUCCUCCAGCGCUGCGCGCUGGAGACACCAUCCAUCGCGAGACCGAGCUCGAGGUGUUGCCGGCGGCCGAGGCGGAGGACCCAUUCGCGGAGGCUACCUCGGAGAAUCCGUUGCACCAGAUCCUGGCUGCGCAGCUCGAGCAGACAAAAUUGAUGAUGGAACGGCUUGCUCCCCAGCGGAGCUUGGACUCCGUGGCUGCCGCCCUCGGAAGCGGCUCGGCCAGCGGAAGCGGCGAGAGCUCAGGCGUGCGAGGCUGCAUGGCUCGCGAUGCGUUUCUGCGUCAAGUGCAAGACCUGGAGCGAGUCGCAGACAUUGCCCAGACGAACGCUCUAAGGGAAUUAGGGCUAGACUCAGCCGAACCAAAUCUCCUGAAGCUGUUCGUCGAGCGUCGGAUGCCUCUGGCCAACCUAAAGACUCUAGGGUACAUAGCCAGUUUUGCCGCCGAGGGAUGGGAACUCGGGCACCGCCUGCAGAACAGGCAGCUCCAGGGUUUUGCAGCUCGUCUGGCCAUGCUCUGCGAGCAGGCUUCCCUCGACGGAGGGCGGCUGCAGCUCGCCUGGCUGCUAGGCGGUUUUGCAGAGCCUCCUCCAGCGAUGUGGCUCAAUACCCGCCGGAGCGGAGUCAAACCGUUCAGCAGUUUGGCUCAUCCGUCCUGGAUUGCAGGCAAUAUCGCCUACCUACGAGAUUUAGAUUAUCUGGAGACGAGGAUGUCCAAUCUGGGCAAGGAUGCACAGCGCCGGUCCUCGACCGAGGAGGCCGAUCCCGAAACAGCCGCCGCUUCAACAUGGAAGCCGCGGCGCAAGCCCAAGGCGAAAGCUUUGACAAGUGCAUGCUGGAUGUUGACGCUGUUGCAUGCCGAGCCUCACGAGGGGUGGAGGUUCUAUGCAGCGGACUUGUCCGACUUCUACCAUAGCUUCCGCAUAUCAAAGGAGGGUUGCCUUUACGACUGCAUCGAGUUAGGAGGUUCAGGGUCUUGGGCUCAGACUCUCGGUAGCUUCGGUCUAACCUUGCACCCGCUUUCAUGUUCAAGCAAUGGAGCCUCGCUGUUGGCCGAUUUGUCGGGCAAAACUGUUGCACGCGAUCUGAUCGGUCUGGCGGCUCGCCGAGUCGUACGUGAGUGGCAUAUCUCGCUGACUUGCUUCACCGACAGCCCUUUGAAGCGCCCUCGGCGGCGCACUGCCUUCAUGCCUGCUGGCGUGAGCGGCUGCGAAAAGGAAACAGCUGCCGACAACCGUUUGGCCCGGGUCGCGGUCUGGAUUUUGGCCACCGCGCUCAGCUGUGGGCAGUACGUGUCGGUACAGUUGCCUGCAGGCGGCUGCAGCUGCGACCGCGGACAGCACUUCUCGGCUGCGGGGGCUCGCUUUGACGAGGUCCCACGAUGGUUGCAGCAGCUUCUAGCCGGCGACUGGCGCUCUUUCGACUUAGUCGUCGAAGCUUCUUGCCUCAAGAAAAUCCCAGCUCGUUGGCUGAGAUUUCUGCUCCUGCUGGGUGGCGAUAUCGAGCGGAAUCCUGGCCCUCGCAUCGCUGUGAAGACCCCCAGAGGACCCCUUGACCUUGAGCAAGGCUUUGCGCCCAGCACGAUGCAUAAGAUGCGCAAAGCUCUCGAAGCUCUGGAGCUUUGGCUACUCGAGGUUGCCCACCUGAGCCUGGAGCAAGCCUUAAGCACCAACGAAGGGGCUGAGCUUGCACUUAGAGGAUUCGGACUUCAUUUGUAUGCCGAGGGUCACCCAAGAUACUUGCUUGUGUAUGCGAUUACGGCCAUUCAGAACCGUUGUCCAUCUUACCGCAACCGCCUCAGCGCAGCUUGGCAGGUAGAUAAGAAGUGGCAGGACAUUGAGCCCGGAGAGUGCCGUCCGGUACUUCCCGCAGCGGCCGUCCGCGCGCUGCUCUGCGUCACAGCUCUGUGGGGCUGGUUGCGCUGGUCUGGUUUGGUGCUCGUUGGCUUCUUGGCGAUGCUCCACCCGACGGAGAUGGUACAGCUCCUCCGCAAGGACUUGGUCUUCCCCUCCGAUGCCCUCGGGCAUACUCGUGCCUUGUACGUUCACUUACGUAAGCCUAAGACACAAAGAUUCGCUCGACGUCAGCAUGGUAAGAUCGACGACCCAAUCGCGAUUCGCAUUUUGGAAGCUUUAUUUGGGCAGCUCGCUCCGCAUGAGCGCCUUUUUGCUGGCUCGAUGCAUUCCUUUCGCAAGCUGUGGGAUGCUGGCCUUCAAUUUCUGGGCAUCCCGUGUCGGGCAAUCGUCAAGGGAGCGACUCCUGGAGUUCUUCGAGGCUCAGGAGCUACCUUUUUCUACCAGGCUACAGAGAACGUGCAGUGGUUGGCGUGGCGCGGCCGAUGGGCCCGCGUCCGAACCUUGGAGUAUUAUCUGCAGGAGGUGGCGGCCCAGUUGCUCCUGACGGAACUGGGCACACAAGCUCGCUACCGCAUAGCUGCCUUUGAUUCCGCUUGUGAUGCGGUCCUGUGCUCGCUUUCCGGUGCUACGCAGUAA